UCUAACAUUUUUAAGGCGCAUGCGUGUGUUUUAUUAAAAUAAAAACAAACUCUCGUCUAAAGUAAAAUUAUUCGCAGUUUUCAUUUGAAAAGAAAAAGAAAAAUCUUGUCUCGUUAUUAAGUUAAAACAUCUUCAAUUUGUUGUGUGUGUUUGCCGUCAAACCUGCCAUUUUAUUCCUGUGUUUAUUUUAAACAUCUUUAAAGAAAAAAGUUUAUUUUUUAUUAUAUUGAUGUUGUUGUCGUUUUGUUGCCGGUUUAAAAUUGUGUCAAUUCUAAGUGGAACAUACUAUAUUAGUGUACCGGUUGUCCAGUCUUAGACAGUUUUCUUGAAAAAAAAGUGUGUUACAAAUUAUUUAUUACUUUAAUUUGAUGAAAAAUUUUUGUGCAAAUUUUCCAAUACCAAAAAAAGAAAGAAAAUUAGUUUAAAAUAUUUGCUAAAAAAAUCCAUAUAAAAAUUAUUAAAGAAUUAUUAAGCAAUUACUAAAGCCUUAAAAGGUUUUGUAAAGGAAUCUUGAGUUCCAUUUAAAUUGAUGUCAAUACAACACGACAGCAGUUGUAGCAAUUAGACGACAGCUGCUAAUAGAGGGAAAAAUAAAAUUAAAAAAAACGAAAAUCUAUUUACAAAAAUCCUGUUCAAAAAGAAUGCAAUCAAGCAAGAAAUAACGAAAAAAAAAUGAAUAAAAAUAUUAAUGAUUAAGAAAAAAACACAGACCACUAGUUAAAUACAAAUUUAAAUAGAAACUUAGAAGCAAAUGUCGAAAACAAGAAAACAGUUAAAUGAGAAACAUUAAAAAUUUACACUUUAGUUUAAUUAAUAAUUAAAAAAAACUAAAUUAAGCGAAAAAAAAACAUAAUUUAAACUAAUAAAAAACACAUUUAGCAACAAACGCUAUAAAUAAAAGAAAAACCAGUAAAAUGAUGAAAUUACAACUAAUAUUCCUGCUCACGACCAGUUGUAUUCUAACACUAACCUCUACACAAAACGUAAUCGUAACCGAUCUACCACCAGCAGCACAACCCUUAGUAUCUGCCUCCGAGGCUACUCUCCUAACCACUGCUCCACUACUAGAGGAAUCCCUCAAAAAAUAUAAACUACAAGAGGAAUACAAUGAAAUCCCUUUAGAAUCCGAACCGGAAGCCACAAAUAUGUCUAAAACGGAGGCGAAAAAACUUAACAAAACCCGCUUUAAAAUAGCCAAAGUUUAUACCAACUGUACCCGGGAACUCUUUGAAAUGCGUGUAGAACUUAAUCGUCCAUUUCAUGGCCUGCUAUAUGCCAAAGAAUUUCCCCAUGAAUGCCGGGCAAGAGGCACCUCUGAAACGAAUAUUACUUUAAGAUUGCCCACCUCAGGUUGUGGUGUUAGAGUGGAACCCAGACAUGAUGGUUCUAUGGAAUUAUCGGUGCGUAUAAUGAUGCAAAUGGAGGAGAAGUUAAGACAAAGUUCGGAUAUUUUAAAAACCGUCAAAUGUAAAUUGCCCAUUACAGCCAUGGGCAUGUUGUUGGCGGGUGUAGAGGGCAGUAAAAAUAAAAAUAAUGGUUUGAGACAUGGCCGCAUGCAACAUGCAAAUCUUUAUUUAGCCAAAACACCUCUAAUGAAACAACAAUUAAACGCCGCUGAUAUGGAAACAACACAUUUGCCACCAUCCUCAUCAUCAUCCGCACAACAACAACAACAACAUUUUACUCAUGCUCACACAUCACAAACACCACGCGUACGCAUUUGGUUAGAAUUGGGCGGCCCUGAUGGUUCCGGUUCAGUUGUUGUAGGUCAAGCUACUACGCUAACAGUACGUGCUAUUGUUCCUGGUUCUAUGGGUGUGCGUAUUGUUGAUUGUGCAGCUUUAGAUGGUUUGGGUGAGUCGACACAACAGUUGUUAGAUGAGAGAGGGUGUCCUAUAGAUGAACAG